GAAAACACGUGAUCAUUAUGAUUGGCUUAAUUUCAGAGAGGCCCGCAAUUUUACAAAAACCGCACUUGUUAAUGCACAGAAAGAAUAUGUACUGAAGGAAGUUCAGCAACACAGAAACAAUACUGGGUCACUUUGGAAGGUAAUUAAAGAAAAUAUAGCGUAUAGGGAAAGAUAGUCAGUGGUCUACAGUAAGGAACCGAAAUUAGUGGCCGAAGAGUUUAAUCAUUUCUUUUCCACCAUCGGUGUGAAUGCAGCAAAGAAAGCCUCAACACUAAUACAAGAUCCUAGUGUUUAUCCAGCUCGAAAUCUUUCUGACGUAAAUCGCACAGAUAACAGCUACCCUGAAGAAAAUGAUAGAUUUAGUUUCACCCCAGUCUCUUGUUCAGAAAUAAGGAACAUCAUAUUAGCUAUGCCGUCAAACAAAUCACCCGGCAAAGACAAAGUGAGUAUAUGCGUGUCAUCAAACACAGCCUACCGGUAAUUCUUGGGCCCCUCACCGGUAUCAUUAACUGUUCACUGUCGUCAUCUUCGUUCCCUAUAGCAUGGAAAGAGGCAGAAGUUAUCCCUUUGUUAAAGGAUGGAAACCACGAGGAAGCAUCAAAUAACCGCCCACUUUCUCUCCUUACCUUUCUUUCGAAAAUUUGUGAAAAAGUCGCCUUGGAUCAAUUUGGUUCGUAUCUAAUGAAGAACAAAAAAUUGUCAACCCACCAGAGCGGGAACAAGAAACAUCACUCAUGCGAAACAUUGAAUCUUUUGACCGGAGAUACUAUCCUAAAGGCCAUGGAUGGGAAAUUGGUUACUGCACUGAUUCUAAUAGAUCUAUCUAAAGCUUUCGACAGUGUAAAUCAUACUUUUCUCCUUACAAAACUUAGCAACGUCGGGGCUUCCCCAAGCGUUGUAAAAUGGUUUGAGAGUUACUUGACCGGAAGAACUCAAUCAGUCAGAAUUGGAUCAACUGUGUCUACUCCUCUCCCUGUUUCUUAUGGUGUACCACAGGGUGCAAUUUUAUCACCUUUACUUUUUAGUAUUUAUACUAACGAUCUGCCCUCAUCAGUCCACCAUAGUAAACUUGAAUCGUACGUGGACGACUCCAAGAUAUUACUAUCUUUCACUGUGGCUAACGUGGACUGUUUAAAGCAACAACUUGAGGAAGACUUGUAUUUGAUUGCAAACAGUUGUUCCGAAAAUAAAUUGCUUAUUAACCCGGGAAAGACCAAAUACAUGCUGAUUGGCACACGGCAAAACCUACAACAACUUCCCGUAGAUAUGACCAUAAACUUCCUCAACGAGACUAUUACCCCCGUCUCCUUUGCCAAAGAUCUAGGAAUGACAAUCGACUCUUAUUUGACAUAUGACCAGCACAUCACCAACCUGGUUUCCUCAUGUAUGAAUUCCCUGUGCCAAAUAAACCGAGUCAAAAAAUGUUUCGAUAAAGAAGCUUUAACUCUCAUCGUCUCGGCACUUGUAAUGAACAAAAUGUUCUAUUGUUCAACGGUUUGGUCAAACACUUCGUCUACCAACAUUAAGAAACUACAGUUGGUACAAAAUUUUGCAUGCAGGAUAAUAACAAAUAUUGGAAAGUUCGACCAUAUUUCGCCGGGCUUACGCGAACUUAACUGGCUCCCAGUAAAGGAACAAUUACUACUAAGAGAGGCUAUUAUGAUGUACAAAUGUGUCAAUGAACUUGCUCCACAUUAUUUGAGCGAUUUAUUCACAAAACGUUCUGACAUUCAUCAACGAGAUACACGUAGCCAUGACUCACUGCAAAUACCAUUGUACAAAACUUCUGCAGGUCAAAGGUCCUUUCAUUAUAGAGGCGUUACACUCUGGAAUGAUUUGGACAUAAAUUUCAAAAAGUUAGACUCCCUAAAAACUUUCAAAAACGAACUGAAGCGAAGCAUGCUAGAACAAAUAUAUAAGUAGAUAAUUUUACCUUGUUAAACUUUAUACAAAUGUCUUACCUUUUUACCUUAAUUUAAAUUAUAGAUUCUAAAACUUGUAAAUAGAACAACAUUUAUUUUUUGUAAAUCAGUGUUGAAAAUCCCUAUUUAGGGAACACAAUAAAGUAUGUAUGUAUGUAUGUAUGUAUAUAUAUAUAUAUAUAUAUAUAUAUAUAUAUAUAUAUAUAUAUAUAUAUAUAUAUAUAUAUAUAUAUAUAUAUAUAUAUAUAUAUAUAUUAAUUGAUAGAGCAAAAUCGCUACACAGUGAUUCGCGCUUUCAAAGCUUUCAGGCAAUACUGCAUGCCUGAAGAUCGCUUUGAAAGCGCGAAACACUGUGUAGCGAUUAACAAAAUUCUAACGUUAACAAAAUAACACGACUUUGCUCUACUGAACCGACAAGUAAUCGCGGUUUUGAAAAACAUUGGUCUACGUUCUGAUUGUCAAUUAAAUUAACUAUCCGUAAAACUAUAAACAUGAACCUCACGGCAUUCAACGUCAACAUGCGGCAAUUUUUCCGGAAUCAAGAGUAAUGGCUGUUUUGACACACAGUGAACAAAAAGAAGAUGGUGUACUCCCAAAAACGAGGCUUUUUCCACGAAUAGUGCAAAAAUUUGCCAUAUUACAAUUUUUUUCUAUAUAUAAAUCUUAAUACUGAACAUCUUUUAUUCUCGAAGUGUAAACGAAGCGACAAACAAUGACGGCGCAGAGUGAGGAAUCGAUAAUAAACCGCGCCUGCAGAACGCGUUGCAUGCCAAUAUAGUCCCCAUUCCUUCUCUGAAUUAUACCCACCUCUUUUGUUUACCAACAAAAGUUGUAGUGUCCCAUCAGCCUUGUCCCGGACGUUCUCAAGCAAACGCGAGAAUAAACCGCCGAUGUAGUAUGAGAUUGGGACCUAGGUGUGACGUCACAGCUGAAGGUGCUACAGAACGCGUAUGAGAUUUCAGUAUUUUCAAUAUGGCAAGAAAUUAGUAUACGUGCAUUCUCGAGAAUUUGGAAAAAGUUUCGACUGUAAAAAGUUGUGUAGAAUUUAAAAAUUUCUGCGCGGAAAUUAAGGGGAAUAAAUUUGGUGUUUUAAAUCGAAAAUGCCAGCGUAUUCCAAAUUUACUGUAGAUUUUAAGUCGCAACAAUAUUUGUCCUGUUCAUUUUAUACUGUUAUUAUUAAAACUUUAUUUACACCAUAGCAGCCCAAAAUGGCUUGUAAAAUGCACCAAAUGUCAAUUUAUAUUAAGCUAGCCCCAUUCUUCUGUCAUUUGCCGCGCACCACAAGCACUGAAUGAAAAGCAUUGUUCAUAUAUAUAGAAUAUACCUAAGGUUGGCAACUAUAUCUCAACUGACGAAUAUACGACUUCGGCAAAACGCAAAAUACUUCACACACGUAAAUAAAACAUGAUAAAAAAUUAUAGCACAUUAAACUGUGAUAUUCUUUCUAUAUAUUCGCACCUAAAUUUUGUUUUCAAGACAGGAAGAAGGCUGAAAAAUUUGCACAAACAUGCAUUUCAUGGUCUGACGAAAAUUUUGUUUUGUUUUGUUGUUGGGAUGCUCAUUCGUCAUAUUUUCCGAUCCAAAAAAAUGUUAUUCAAUUGGUUGAAAAAGUAAAACAGUUUGUGAUGUAUUUAUAGUAAAAAUUUGGUCACAGGGGGGGGGGGGUGAACUACAACAUGAAUACUGCUAAAAUACAAGAGCUAUUUUUUUCGAAGAUGAAAUGUUGAAUUUUAACUCUAUCCAUAACUUUUAUCUACAGCGAAACAACCAGGCAACAUUUGGCUACAUGUACACGUAAUGUCAUAUAAAAUUCUGAGCAAUAAUGGCGAAGAAAAUUUGUUAACAACACGGAACAUGUGAACACGCUUCGUUGUGACUUUUAAUAAUUGUGAAUCUUGCUCGGCAAAGUUUAUAUAGGUGAAUUUAUUUAUAGCGUUUUAAUUUAACUUGGAUUAAUACAUUGGAUCAAUUUUUUCGUCUAAUAGUGUAUGUGUAUUUCCCAAAAUAGGCUGCAAUUUGUAAGAGUGCUAGUGUUAUUAAAACCGUUUUGGGCUGCUAUGUUUACACACGGAGUCCAUGACAACGACAACGACAAUGCCACUGACAAUGCCAACGACAACGACAACGACAACGACAACAACAAUGUUUGUCGAAAGUUAGUCAAUAUGUUUUGGUAAACUUGCUAUGUUCAAGCAAGCUAUUUUAAACCCUUAGAGCUUUGAUAAACCGAAAUCAUAAUAAUCACCUUGUCCUGUGGAAUCGCGUAUAGCACAGUUCCUAUGUGUAUAUUUCAAAUUUUGUAAUUUACGCGCAUAGCAGCAAUCAUGACCGAUAUCAACAAAAACGAAGAUAUCGCGCUAUUUUGCUGUUGGGUUUGCGUGUACAGUACAACGUUUUGCGUGAAUAUUUUUUCGAACUAACAACUUUAGAAAUUCAAUAUUUUACCGGAGGAGCAUGUCCCCGGACACCUUUAUAUUCCUCACGCCGUUAGUAAAUAUUAAAGUAAACAGUAUGAAUAACACUUGAAGUUAAAUAUUGCGCUCCAAAGAGCAUUGCCAAUAUACGAACCCAUAUUUUCGUGCAAACAAUCUCAUUUGAAUGAUAAUAUAUAAAUAACACAAAACACUGAUCCGCCAUUUUGAAUGCGAUUUCUCCCAGACGUAUUCCGUCGAAUUUUCCACAAUUUUUCUGCAAACAUUGAGAAUUUCAAAUAUUCUCGAGAAAACAAUCGCGCUUUUUUUAAUUAAGAGGUAUACUAUCUUAUCGUGUGCACUGAAAAGCGAAGUAAUAUACAGCAAAACUACUAAUAAAGUUGAAGUGUUAAGAGGCUGUCUCUGCAAAAACGGACCGAUCAAAAUCUCAUUAAAAACAGAUUUCGCCUGAAUUUUACAAGAAAGUACAAAAAUGUGUCUACAUUAACGAAUUCAUAUCGGUUUUUCAAAUUUCUUGACUCUUCAGGAGAUUUUAUGAUGUAUGUAUCAACCACCGAGCACGUCAAAAUGGCGGCCAUUUUCCGUACGCAAGUUGUUCAAUUUAGGCAGUCGAUUACUUACACUUCACAGAAAGCCAAAAACAAAUUACUACUCAAAGUUUACUUACUUACGUACCUUGUAUAAAAAAAUAAUUAAAAGAAUAAACAUUUCUCCAAAUUUUGCACGUUGGGCAAAUCUUAAAUUUGCCUAUUUCGAACAAUAACAGCAAUCACCAAAAGUACAGUCAAAACGACGGCGGUUUUUGCUAAAGUGAGACUCGUAAAAAUAAUACAUUCUAUACUGGGUCAAAGUUUAAGACAUGUAUUACUGAGAUCAAGCGAAAAAUGUUUUGGUCUAACAUGCUUACAAGUAUAUUUGGCUCUUUAAAUAAUAGUAAAUUUGAACAUGUGACGUAAUCUGCUUCGUUUUAAACACGGAUCGCUCAGGCGCUUAAAAAUGCAAAAUCUUACCUUAUCUGCCCAUAACUUCUUGAAUUUCUACAAGCUUAUUUUUUUCAAUCCAAAACUACGGAUAUGCGUUGCAUUGAGGAUCGAAAGAUAAAUGAAUGAUAAUACGUCGUUAAACCAAGAUAAUAUUAUAAAUACUGCCCACCGGCUUUGCACCGUAAUUGUCAUUUUUACAAGACUUGUUCUCGGUAAGAAAAUACAGCAUUUCACAGCACAGGUGUGAUGCUGCAUCAUAGCUUUGCAGAAGGAUCACACAUUAAAUCUAAUUUUCACUGACAAUGAGUGAGAAUUGAGCAAGUUUAAUUUUUAAUAUUUGCAUAUUUGUUGUUGUAGAAGUGUCGAUUGUUUUCGUUUCCACCUAUAGACUUCAUGUAACUCUCAAUAAAAAGUAUAUCAAAAAUUUUGACCACACCCUCGCUUAGGUGUAACCAAAUUUUUUAUAUUACUGUAGUAGUAUUAAACCAGUUUGUAAUAAUCAUUUCUAUUUAUAAAUCAAUGAAAAUAGAUUACAAAACAAAUUGACCCACUGACAACAACAAAUUGAAUAAACGUGAUCACUAGAUUCCGACAGCACUGUAUUGAGCUGAAAGUACUGUACUUCUUUUGGGAUAAAUCGAGAAAAUCACAUGCUAUCAUGGCAAUGAGGACAUCCGAGUGUUUUCUGAAAGAGAUGGAUUCAAACUCUUGUGGCACUUCUAGGGAUAUAAGGGGGCUGUACUUUUGUGCGACUGCAAUGACGAUAUUCAACGGCACCUGGCAAGCUUUCGCCUUUCGAAAUCGAAUCUAAACGAAUGUGACCUGAUUCUAGCAAGGGUUGGCAUGUUUGACGUUUCCCAGCAGGAAAAAGAGCAGCUUCUGGUGUGUCCUUAUCACCGACACAAGUUUGGUAAAUUUUGGCGGCCUUCGAAAGUAACGUGCCAAUACCCAUUGCACAAAGGUAAAAGCAAGACAUUGAAAGGUACAGAUGUAGUCACAUUGCAAAUGGCGAAAGAUGUCUAUACUCUGUAUGGAUCAACUAUACCAGUAGGAUCUUGUAAGUAUUCAUAUCUUCUCGUUGUUCUCAAAAAAAGUUUGCCUCUAUAUAAACAGAGGAUAUUAUGCAUGGCGGCGCGAAGAUAUGACUUUUAUCUAUAUAUAGAAUAUAUAUAAAAACAUUUUAAAAAAUAUUGUAAUAAAAAUAAAAUAUUGUUUUUAACACGAGAAGAUAAAAGUCGUAUCUUCAAGGCACCGUAUAAUGUUGUGUUUAUUAUAUAGUGCCAAGCAAAAAAUUGUGAAAUUUCACGCUUUAAAGCAAGUUGGAAAAAGUCACGUGAUCGAUAUCUGCACUAGUGAAGAUAUGGAAAAUAUCUCACUGUGUAUUUUUCAGUAUCUCACUCUCUACUAUAUAAUAAGUCUUGCUAUUAAUCUUAUCAAACUAUAUUAUUUAUAAAAUUAUAAAUGUACUUGCAGCUGUAUGUUCAAAUUGCCGAAAAUCGCACAAAAAAUACGUUGAUGAGGAAACGGAUAGGGAUGGUGGGAACAAAAGGGUAGCACCAAAGAACAGGUACAUAAAACUUUGGACAAAAAAAGUCCGAAAGGAGAAGGCGUGUCCCUGGCAACGCCUUUUCUAACGUCUCUUUAUAGAUACAUCAUCGAAUAUUAUAUAUAGAUAUCAACCUCGUUCCCAGGCUCUUUCCUCCAGCGAGGAGCGUAGUGGAAAGAGCCUGGAUACGAGGUUGAUAUAGAUGUAUCAUUGUUUACAGUCGUUGCAUUUAGUUUUUGCAUUCAUGCCAAAUUGACGGAAAAGAUUUUUAAAGGGAAAGGACUUAUUUCAUUUUAUUUUAUAUAAAGGGUAACUUCGUUGACUUCGUUUUGUGACACACCUCGUUCUUCCAGUUACACUACUAAAGACGCGAACUGGACACCAGGUCAGUGGAGUGGUCCAGGUAGUGACAGCUCGCAGGAAAACACCAUUUUGCUUGAGAAAGCUAGGAACAAGACGGACACGGUUCUAGAAAAUUACAACAGAGUAAUGAUUGAAUUGUCGUCGCAAACGAACCAAGAGGAAAUAAAGCCCUUGCAAACCAGGAUGAAAACUAGCUGGACUGAUGCAACCAAAGAAGAGCAGAAAAUGUUUACCGAGAAAGCAACCGAAGCUUGCCAAGUUAUUUGCAAUAUUAUCUCUCCGAGUGAUGGUAAAAGUUUGUUUCAAGCUGUUCAAGAACAUAAAAGGGAUUGUAACCUAGAUUUCUUAACUACAGCAUACAGGAACACGACUUCUAAAAAGAUCAAGACACAAAUACUGAGUCUCUAUGCGUACGAAUACCCAGCAAGCAAGUUAAUCGAAAUGCAUUCAUCAUUUGAAAAGCUAAGCGAAAGGCAAAUAAAGAAAGCAAGGGCCCACGCUAAAACAUUUGGCCCAGGGACACCAGUCGAGACAACAAAGAAACACAGGAUCUAUUUGAACAAAGCAAAACUUGAUCACUUUAUCGAAUUUUCUAAUCGCCCAUAUUUCUAUCAAGAUGUGUCCUACGGAACACGGGUCCUUAAACUAGAAAGUGGAGAACGAUUAGCCAUGCCAAAUGUCAUCAGAACAGUUACAAAGUCUACCCUAAUUUCUGAGUAUCAGAAACAUUGUACAAAGACAGAAUUUUCGCCAUUAAGUCGCGCUACUCUCUUCAGAAUUUUGAAUGUUAGAGAAGCUUCCCAGCGAAAGUCUUUAUAUGGGCUAGAUAAUACUGCAGCAGAUGGUUCAAGUGCAUUUGAUUCCAUGGAAAACAUUCUGAAUAGUUUACAACAAGCGUCAAACGAGAGGAUAAGCUGGUAUGAAGAGACAAGGAAAUCACUCCGAGCAGGCAAGAAGUAUCUCAAAACCGACUUCCGGGUGCAUUGCAAGGAGACUGAAAGCCCAUGCCCUGAUCAUUGCCGGAAGUAUGCGCUUAGUGAUUCGGAAAAUAAGGAAUUUCAGGUACUGUGCAGCCACAGGCACACCCUUGUGUGUGAUCAGUGCGAAAGACUUACUCAAGUUUUGAUUGACAUAGAACAUGCUAUCAAAACUUGUCAGGGGUUUUAUGGGAAUGAUCUGAAAGAAGAUAUCUUGCAUGAUUUUGGACUUGCUAAAAACGCCAUUUUAGCAUGGAAAGCUCAUAUUUUGCGAUCUGAGAAUCAGGAAUGUGGAAAACAAGCAGUGUUGGAGAAGUUAGAUGAUAGUUCUGUUCUUAUCGUUAUGGACUGGGCAAUGAAGUUUUUGCAGCUGCGUUACAGAGAGAAACAAUCCGAUUGGUUCGGUAAACGUGGCUUAAGUUGGCAUGUGAGUAGUGUUAUCCAUCGAAAUAACAGCGCAACAUAUAUCAUCAAGUCGUACGUACAUCACUUUGAUAGUUGCACCCAGGACUGGUAUACAGUCGUUUCUAUUAUCGAGGACUUGUUCAAGGCACUGAAACGUGAUCACCCGACAGUUAGAAGAGCAUUUCUAAGGUCCGAUGAAGCCGGGUGCUACCACAAUAAUGAGCUGAUAGCCGCCGUUCAAGAUAUUAGUAAGAGAGCGGGUAUCAAAGUUGAAAGGUACGAUUUCUCCGAACCGCAGUAUGGGAAAGAUGUGUGUGAUCGAAUCCUAUGUCCAAUGAAAGAAUCGAUAAGACGGUUCUGCAAUGAAGGUCAUGAUGUCAUUCGAGCGAAAGAUAUGCGUGAAGCUUUACAGCAACGACCUGUUAAGGGAACAACAUCAUCUGUUAACUCCGUCAGUACAGAGAACAAAACCUUGAAAAUGACGAAAUUGAAAGGAUUCAGCAGCUUCCAUAACUUUCAGCACGAAGACAAAGGAAUUCGAAUAUGGAAAGCAUUUUCUGUUGGUAGUGGAAGAUUCAUUCCUUACUCGAGUAUCUUCUUACAGCACCAGGGACCAACCAAUUUGAAAGUUGAAGAAGAUCAGGAUUUUUUUCCAGAAGUCGGUGGCAGAAGCUUCAAAACCAAACAAGACAAGACGUCUGACACGGAAGUUCAGAUUUAUGAGUGCUCAGAACCAGGAUGUUGUCAAGAGUUCGACUCAAUGGAAGACUUAGAUGUCCACAUGGAAUUGGGAGUGCAUGAACUCGUUCAUCCCAAUGAAAGCAUUUACGACCAGCUCAGAAGACAGUGGGCUGCGCAGUUUGGCAACGUUACUGUUCAUAAAAGUAAUACACAGCCAAUUUCAGCAGAUAACACUAUCCAUUCUGAAGGCGAAAGCGGAUGUCCUUCAGCUCUGCCCAUGGGUUGGGCUCUCCACGCGCCAGCCUCCAAGUCUCGGUUUCCAGACUGUGUAAAGUUAUACCUCAAAGCAAAGUUUGACCUCGGGGAAAGGACUGGUGAGAAGGCUGAUUCACAGCAAGUUGCAUUGGAUAUGCGAAAAGCACGAAAUGAAGACGGGGAUCGGCUAUUCCAGAGAGAUCAGUGGCUUACAAAGAAUCAGGUGAAAAGCUUUUUUUCAAGACUAGCAGCAGCACGCAGAAAGAAUGUUGGAACAAACGAUUCCAAAGAUGACCUGGUUAGCCUAUCAGAAAUCGACGACGUUUCUGGAAAUCACUGGAUGGAAGAACUGGAGAGUUUGGAGGAAGAGCAGGAAAGAUGCUCGUUGCUAGAAGCUGUUGAAAGCCAGAUGGGGGUAACACAUCCAAUAAUUUAUGACACCUACGAUUUGUGUGAAUGCAAUGAACAAAACCGUCUGAAUGUAUUUAAAAUUGUCAUGCUGAAAGAAAUUUGCAGCACUUUUGACAUUGGAUUCAAGUCGAGGGAAACCAAAGGAAUGCUUAUAGCCAAACUCAAGGAAAUGCUUGACCAAUGUUCCUGUUCAACAUGAAGGUAUGAUUCCACGACGCGAAAUUGUUCGCGGGAAAUGCAAUGGUGACUGUGUGUCUGCAGAAUAUUUUGUGAAUAAAUUUCGCACUGAUGGCUGCACAUAGGUGAUUUUAUUGUAUAUUGUUUCUGUACACAACGUCAGAUGAUUUCGCUGAGAAAAGAGUAAAGAGGUCGUGGAAUCAGAGUUAGACAACGAGAAACGAGUUAACAAAACAAUUGACAUAUGAAUUGCAUUUUACUUUUAAUUCAACAUUAUACUGUAUGGUUGUCUAUAAUUUAUAUCUUUGGGACCAUUUAAUGGGUAGUGAUUAAACAAACUUGAAGACAAUUGUGGAAAAACUAACUUUUCCUAGACGAUCAAUGAAGUGUAUCUCAAUAGCAAGUUGAUUUCCAUGCAAUCUCGAUACUGUAACUACAUAUUCACAAAACAAUUCCAGCUCUUUACAAUUAUUGUAAAGAGCUGAAAUUGUUUUGUUAUGUGUCUGAGCUACGGAUGUACUCAGAACUCUGUCUCUAUGACUCUGUGCUCGUUUGACAUUUUUCAGUGGGAGUUACAUGAAGUAUAUACCAAAACGUCAACAACAAAUUUGAGAAUAAGGCAUAAAAUGUAUUUCUACUUCUAUCUUCACUGUCAGUUGAAAUAAGAAUACAUAGAUAAGGAUUUGCUGUAUGGUGCUUUUGAGAAACUAUAAGCACUAUAACUGUGUUAUAAAAUACUAUUUGCCUACCAAGAACAGACCUUCCAAAAAUCACGAUCAGUCGACAGUCCAAAGCCGCGGAGGACGUAAUUAUUUUAACAUUAGGGAACAUUUGGCGUGAGUUUAACGACGUAUCAUUCAUUUAUCUUUCCUCGUUACAACGCAUAUCCGUAGUUUUGGAUUGAAAAAAAUGAGCUUGUAGAAAUUCAAGAAGUUAUGGGCAGAUAAGGUAAGAUUUUGCAUUUUUAAGCGCCUGAGCGAUCCGUGUUUAAAACGAAGCAGAUUACGUCACAUGUUCAAAUUUACUAUUAUUUAAAGAGCCAAAUAUACUUGUAAGCAUGUUAGCCCAAAACAUUUUUCGCUUGAUCUCAGUAAAACAUGUCUUAAACUUUGACCCAGUAUAGAAUGUAUUAUUUUUACGUACCUCACUUUAGCAAAAACCGCCGUCGUCUUGACUGUACUUUUGGUGAUUGCUGUUAUUGUUCGAAAUAGGCAAAUUUAAGAUUUGCCCAACGUGCAAAAUCUGGAGAAAUGUUUAUUCUUUCAAUUAUUUUUUUAUACAAGGUACGUAAGUACGUAAACUUUGAGUAGUAAUUUGUUUUUGGCUUUCUGUGAAGUGUAAGUAAUCGACUGCCUAAAUUGAACAACUUGCGUACGGAAAAUGGCCGCCAUUUUGACGUGCUCGGUGGUUGAUACAUACACCAUAAAAUCUCGUGAAGAGUCAAGAAAUUUGAAAAACCGAUACGAAUUCGUUAAUGUAGACACAUUUUUGUACUUUCCUGUAAAAUGCAAGCGAAAUUUGUUUUUAAUGAGAUUUUGAUCGGUCCGUUUUUGUAGAGACAGCCUCUUAAAGCGUAGUACUGUACCAUGCAUUAAACAUAAUCUUAAAGCUAUUAUUAUUAUAUUAUUUUUAUUAGAGUCUCGUUAUCCGUGAAAUGUGAAAUUGCUUUUUUAUGGCACGUGAAUUGUGAAACUUUUUUUUUGUUGUGAAACGUGAAUCAUACCCCUCCCCCCCUUUCCCACCCUCAUUAAUCGAUGUCGUAUUUACAGAAGUGUGGGACUUUCAGUGUUAAGAUUGGGGUUUUUAGGGAUACCAUUAAGGUAAUUUGUGGAUAAUUGAAUUAUUGAAGUCAAAGUUGUCAGAACUGGUUUGUAUCGGUUUGUAUUUUGCAUGUAUACUUCCGGUAUUGUUAACCAAGGCAGAACCGAAACACUCAACAGAAAAAAACUAAGGGAAACUGAAUUUUUCUUUCAAUAUAGAGUAUUGCUAAUUUAGAAUUUUUUGUGCUCGAUAUUUUUUUUUGCUGGUGUUAGUGAUGUUCGAUUUUUUUUCUUCCAUUCGAGACAUGCUCGAUAUUUUUUUUCGGAUUUGCGCCGCCCCCCCCCCCCAUGAAAAAUCAAAUGGUCCGUCCCUAACGGACCGACUCGAUGACAUGUGUGUCCAACUUAUUAAGGACAUGUCAAACCCGAAUCAUAAACUUAACCACCUCUUACCAAAGAAAACUUCCCAAAUAAAGCAACGAGAGACGAGAAUGAAUGAGGCAACGUACUAUAACUUUGCAUGGGGUACUAUACCUUUGCAUGGGGUACUAUAACUUUGCAUACCCCCCCUGAAUUGCUGACAUACAAAUACAAAAAAUCGAGAUUGAAGCUAGUCUACUAAACUCGGCGCGCGGUAAGGAGACUGGCACCUCGCUGACGCUCGGCAGCAAAAAUGGUUUUAUCAAUGACACGAGUGCAAUACCACAGAGUAAAUACAUAUACAGAGCUGUAACUGACCGUUGUAUAUAAACACUGCGAAAGCUUACGUUUUCGUGUACUCACUUUUUUCAGGCGACCGGGCAAAAAAUGAUCAACUGCGCGUACUCGGCAAGUUUUACAGCCGCGAGCCGCCAUCCAACCAGACGCAUGCAUCUAGGAACUUGCCGAGCACGCGCACAAAAAAAGUGGGUACACUAGUUACAACUCUGUAUAAGUAUCUACUCUGUGGAAAUACCAAGAAUGCCGUAUAACUGCGCGAGAGGAUGACGACUUUGUAUGUUCAUAUCUUGGGUUCAGUGCACAAUAGUUUUAGUCAUUAUCAACAUUGUAGAGAUUUAUGGCCAUUGAAAAAGUCAAGCGAGAUCGUAUAUUAUCAAAUUACGUACGCAAUUGUCUAAACAAAAAUAUAAACUAACCAUACCUUUCACCGAACAUACCCUUUGGACGUAUCUUUUAUCAAUAACACUGUGUAGCUUUUAUCUUCAAAUUUGCAUCUUUUAUCACGGCAUAAUUUCCAUUUCUGAACCGGAAACAAUUUUAAAACGUCAACAAUGCUUGUUUCGGCUAUAUCACUUUGGGAAUGCCAGAAAUCGUUCCAACGGUCAGAGUGCACAUCUAUGUUUUUACCUGCUCAAUGCCUUUAUUUCCUGGUGCUACCGUUGAUUCAGUAGAUGUAUGUACGCCACAGCGGACCUAUGUUUUAACAGAAGUAUGUAUUUUUACCGUAAAAAGACUGUAAUUCAGUAUAGUCUAUUGCACCGUAAUUUGCAAUUACACUGAGUGCACUUACUGUAAAAGAUUACGGUCAAACAUAUGUAAAAUAACAGUUUUCCGCUUUUUAAAUACAGUCAAUUUUACUGCAAAUUACAAAAAUUUACUGUAAAAGAUUACUGUCCAUCACAUGUCCAAUAACAGAUUUCUUUUAAAAUACAAUCUAUUAUAUUGUAAUUUACGAUUACAGCAUACUUACUGUAAAUAAUAACAGUACAUUAUUCGGUAAAAAACAGAUAUUUUUUAACAUAUAGAUAACCUAAAGAAAUAAAUAUAUAUUACCUGAUAUUUUCUAUCAUUAUUUAGGUAUAAAGAACGCCUUAGGCAGCAUUGAUAAUUGCGGUAUUCCUUGUAAUUCUCCGUACAAGGCUCUUGUUUCACUCGCAGAUAUUAUCGAAGACAGUAUGGGGGGCUCGUCAGGAGCGGUAUGUACAGUAUGAUGAUUUAAACCCAGUGAGCUCUCUAUAUAUCUGGAGUGAGAACUUCAGUCAUUCGGCCUAUAUGAAAAGUGAAGCCAAACAUGGCGGACAUUGACGUCCAAAAUCUAUGAAGGUUGUAAACAGUUUUUUAUAGCAUUUUCCUAUCUAAUUCUACAUUUUUCUAAUGGAUUGUAUCGCUAAACAAGUUAUCAGUUUAUAAAACCACAGUAUUCUUCUUUAAAUCGACGUCAAAACACGAAAAACAAUAGAAAGGGACUGGCACUGGACGUCAGUUUGUGUUGACCGCGCGGACAAAAACAAUAGAAAGGACUGGCACUGGACGUCAAUUUCCGCCAUCUUUGGCUUCACUUUCAGCAACCAAGUUCUCACUCCAGAUAUAUAUAUGGAGCUCACUGUUUAAACCUGGUUUACAAUGUCAAAGUUUCUGUGAUCACUGUAGGAAUUUUUUGCGUGGGUAAAAUCUGAAGGAUUUAUCUCAAACUUAUUAAUAAUUCAUGAGUAAGUUAGCCAACCAUAUUACUUUAUUUUGCUUACAGGAUAACACUGGACCUUGUGAAGUAUACUGAUCCAAUCCUAUAGAACUGGAUCAAAAUUAAUUCAAUCCUUGAACUGGAUCAAAAUUAAUUCGCCUCACUUGAAGUAGUGAUUUAUUCGUAUGAGAUGUCAUUUCCAAUUCGGACUGGACUUGAUUUCAAGUCCUCGCGAGCAUUUUGAUCCAGUCCAUUCUGGUCAACUUGCGCGGACUUCAAAUUUAGUCCAGUCCUCAUAGUCGGAUUUGAAAUAUUACGUUAAAAAUGUUUCAGGGAACUGACUCUGUUAACUCUUUUGAGUAUUAAACAAUGAGUUAGUUCUCUCAAACAUUUCUUACAAAUUCUUCAAAACUUGGAAUUUACCUAUCCGAAAUUUCUACUGUGAUCUUGGAAAUUUUGAUAUUUUGGGGGCGGCCUUGAAUUUAUUAUUUUGGGGAGCGGCCCAUUGAAUUUAUUCUACUGUGAUCUUGGAAAUUUUGAUAUUUUGGGGCCGGCCCAUUGAAUUUAUUUAUGACGUUUAACCAUUGGCAAGAGAAUAGCUAGAACAAGCAUAUAGAAGUGAUUUUUUCAACUACUAUCUAAAAACAAAAAGGCUACAAAUUCAGUAGGAUGAAUGAUUUAUCAAAAUCCUGACGUUUUAACGGUUUUUAAUGACACAUUUCUUUUCAACAGAACCUCAAACAUUCUUAUACUGCAGCAAACAAGCUUAUAAUUGACAAUACCAAUCUCACGAAGGCCAAAAUCUGCCAUUUUGGGGGUACUGUCUGCCCUCGUGAAAGAUUCUAGCCAAUUCAAACAACGUGCAUGAAAAGCGACUUUUAAAAGUUGUAACUGUAAAUUUACCAUUAUACAAACAACUACAAUACUAAAAAGUCGCAUUUCGUGGUGCGGAGACUCUCAAACGUGGGCGAGGCAGUACCCAAAAAAUGGCGGAAAAAUCGGCCGUGAGAAAGGCUAAUUGAUGAAGCCACAAACUGAACAAAAAGACUGAUUUACCACACUUGAAUUGUUGUCAAAACGUAUCCCAUAUUUGUAGAAUUAUUCUUUCAGCCACCCUGCAUUUCCUCUCACCACAGACGAUUUGAACUUCGCGUGUGUCUAAAACUAAAUUUUCUAUGCUUUUAGCUAUAUAGUUUAUUCCUACUUGCUGGUGUGGAGCAAAUAAAAGAUAAUUUUAAUCCAGUGCAAUGGUGUAAAGCUUUUGAAUGUGGUAUUGAAGCUAUUAAAAGGUAAAUGUAUUGCUUAGAUAUGAUCGUAAUUUAUUGUCAUAUUUGCAGAUGUUGCAGUAAAAUUGUUUUAAUAUCUUGAAUGCUGUUUUGGAUUUCGUUCAUUUUAGGUAUGGUCAAGCUGAAGAGGGUUAUAGAACAAUGGUACGGACUUAAUUUUGCUGAAUUUUGUUUCAAAUUGUUAGGUCUGAACUACUUGAAACAGAAAAAGUUUAAAACCACUUCAAUAUUCCUGACCACCUGACGAUGUGCCUUUUCUCGAAACAUCAAAGGGUGUUUAAUCUUUUUUAGGCUCACAAAUUAUAGCAACUUAUUGUAUUUGUAAAAUAUACUGCCUAGUCUGGGCUAAUUGUGGGUUUUUUUACAACAUUUUACAGCUGGACGCUCUGUGUCCUGCGUCAGCGUCAUUGAAAAAAGCUUUGGAAAAUCCUAUGAAUCCUGUAGAUGCCUUUCAAGAAGCAGUGAAGGUAGUUGAUGAGUUUUAAUGGCCAUUAAUGAACUGGGAAUGUAGUAAGGGCCAUUCCAUUUAAUGUCCACCCCCACCCACCCCUACGGAUGAAUUUUUCUGAAGAGUGACUCCAAAGUCGUUUCUGAGGGGUUAAGCCUGUCGACAGUCUUUGAUCUCUGCAAUAUUUCUGAGGGGUAAGGGGAAAAUUUACAAAUUUCUGAGGGGUGUUUUGUGUCGGCACUUUGAUCUUCUUUUGUUGGGGGGGUGGAUAUUAAAUGAAAUGGUCCUAAUGCGAAUGAAGUUUGAAUUACAGUUUCUGACAUGUAAUUACUUGCUGUGUUUUAAUAGGAUUUUAUCCUUAGGCCAGGGAUAGGGAACCGGGAUAAAACUCCACCCUAUAGGGAACCAGGAUAAAACUCAACCUGGACUGAAAACUCUCCAUGUCAUCAAUCCCUAAAACUGAAUCGACUAGAGGAGACUGCAUACGUUGGACCCAGUACCCCGCUCGGCAUUUAUAAAUAAACAUUGCUGCCGUCAAACAUGAAUUAUGCCUUAUUCAAGUUUAUUACGACUUUAGUUUUUCAAAGAACACUUGUCAGGGUUUUAAAAUGUUGUAACAUACUCAUGGUAGUGAUUUAUUUAACUUGUUUAAUUAUGGUAAAUCAUGGAUUGUUGUGUUGCUAGCCUUGAGAGUAAUGCCGAUUUUGGUAUUAAUAAAUAUUACAAGUAAUGGCUUAUCAUGUCCUUACAUGGUAAUGCUGUACUGUUCUACAGUUUUUUAUUGGCAUAUUAAUAUCAGAAUAGUCUAUUAAUUUCAUAUGAGAGGCGAAGGAAAUAUUAAACUUAAUAGUUUAUUGAAGUUAUACUGUAUGUUUUAUUGAUAUAAACGUUAUAUUGAACUAUGUUUGAAUCACUAAAUAGACUCACAGUUUGAAUAAUAAUUAGCACGGAAUCAGUGUAAAAGAAAUGGGUAUACGAACAAUUAAUAAACAACCAAUCGGAGCCCGAUUUUCGCUGGUGUUUCCCAGAGCCUCGGCAAGCCUCCUCCACAGAUUAAGAUGUGUAACUUCAGUAACUAAAAACGUUGUCCCACAGUCGCCAUCUUCCUAGCAAGUGCCGCCUCGCGUGAUAAUUCGUGUACAGCUUAGGGAAAUUUCAGGACACGAAGUCCUAUGAAGAUACGCAUCUGGUAUAUACUUAAUCUGUGCCUUCAUAGAGGAUUGCAGGCUCAGGGUUCGAGAUUGCGCUGUGAUGCAAUGAUUUGUAUUCUCUCCCCAGGCUGCCGAGGAAGGCGCACAGAACACGGCCAAAAUGCAAGCUCAAGCUGGCCGAGCGAGUUACAUUGGAUCGAGUGUUUUAUCGGAACCAGACCCCGGCGCGGUUGGUGUUGCAUUAUGGAUGAAGGCCAUUGGUACAGCUUUGAAAUGA